AAAAGUGCAAACUGCAAAUUAAUCUUCAAGAUGCGUCCCAUUAUUCUCGUCUGCCUACUCUUUGUCGCCUUCCUGACACAGGCUACAUUUGCUGAGGAGUCGGCAUCCAGUGAAGGAUCUUCGGUGGAGUCUUCGGAAUCUUCUGAGGAAAAGGAUCAUCCCUCACCUCCGCCUCAUCCGCAUGGUCCACCGCUUCACCCGCAUGGUCCACCAGGAAGACCCGGAGGAAGACCUCCACAUCCACCACCACCACUUCCAAAACCAGACAACGGAACUGAUACAGGUGGAUCCGAAGGAAAUAAUACGGAUGAGGGAAGCCAGGGGAAUGGAACUGACAAUAGCGAUUCAAAUGGAAACUCUCAGGACAAUGGACAAGGACAAAAGUGAAACAUUUUCCUUUUUUUUCAUUCUACCAGCAAGUUCUUCUUUUUUAAUUAAAAAUUCUUUUUAAAUAUAAUGCAAAAAUGAAAUAAAUUCUUGAGCUUCAA